AUGAUCUUCUCAAGAGCAAAUUUCAGGCGAAUUUCAACUCUCAAGCAGAUAAUGGAAGCCAAAAUUGCCGAAAGCCGUCAACGUCUUACGAAACUGAAAAAGGACCACGGAAACGUCCCAAUAGACCAAGUAACAAUUGAUCAAGUUGUUCGUGGGAUGCGUGGGAUGAAAGCUUUGUUAACAGAAACAUCCAGACUUGACCCAUUUAAAGGUAUCACAUUCCGAGGGUUGUCAAUCCCUGAAUGCCAGCAGCGUUUGCAUGGGAAAUACCGAGAACCAAUGCCAGAGUCCAUGUAUUGGCUUUUAUUGACUGGUGAAGUCCCAACCUUUGACCAAGUCGAAGAACUUAGAGGUGAGCUCGCUAAAAGGUCUCAAAUCCCAGCCCAUACCUUGGACCUGCUUAAUUCUUUGCCAAAACAUAUGCACCCUAUGACCCAAUUAUCAAUGGGAGUCUUGUCCUUAGGAGCCGAGAGUGAAUUUAUGAAAGCAUAUGAUGCAGGUGUCAAGAAAAGCGAAUAUUGGAUUUCAACACUAGAAGACUCUUUAAGCUUAGUCGCAAAACUGCCUGGUAUGGCUGCAAUUAUAUACAACAACGUGUACAAGGAUGGGAAAACUUGUGACCCAAGUAUCAAAUAUGAUUUAAGUGAAAAUUUUGGAAGAAUGCUGGGAUUUAGCGAUAAUAACUUUUUUGAGCUGAUGAGGUUGUAUUUAUACUGUGACAGACUGAUUAAAUAUGUGGAUAAAUAAUUAAUGAUUAUGUUUAGUGGUUUAAGAUAUUCACUCCUAUAGACUAUAUGAAUUUUAUAGUGAAUAAACAUUUUUAUUUGCAAAUAUUAUAAAUAUUUAUAAUUGAGAUAAAUGGAAUAACUAUCCAUUGUGACCACGAAGGAGGUAAUGUAAGUUCCCAUACAACUCACUUAGUAGGAUCUGCUCUUUCAGAUGUCUAUAAAGCAUAUUCAGCAGGACUAAAUGGCUUAGCAGGGCCUCUUCAUGGACUUGCCAACCAAGAAUGCUUGAAGUGGCUUUUAGAAUUAUGGAAAGUUGUAGGAGACAACGCAGAAGAAGAUUCUAUUGCAGUCUAUGUCAAAGAAACCUUGAAAAACGGCAAAGUGGUUCCUGGCUAUGGACAUGCAGUUUUAAGAGUUACAGACCCUAGAUUUUUAGUCCAAAUGGAAUUUGCGAAAAAAUCAAUUGAUGACUGUCCCCUUUGUAAAAUUGUUGCAUUGUGCUAUAAAGUUAUACCAAGAGUAUUAAAAGAACAUGGAAAAGCCCAAAAUCCUUAUCCAAAUGUAGAUGCUCAUAGUGGAGCUUUGCUUUAUUAUUAUGGACUGAGGGAGUUUGAAUUUUAUACAGUACUUUUUGGUGUUUCCAGAGCUUUAGGAUGCACAGCGUCAACAAUAUGGGAUAGAGCACUUAUGCUGCCAAUUGAAAGACCUGCAAGUAUGACUAUGGAAGGAUUAGAAGAGUUUGCAGCUAAAGAAUAA